GACAACUCCAUGCUGUGCCCCAAACGAACACUUCUCAUAGUGGUAUCCCCUGAAUCUUUCAAGCCCAUUUUCAUUCCAUAUUUCUAUAUAUCCCCUGUUUUUUCUACCUUACAAACAUAUCAUGGAUUUACAGGAUUUUAAUCAGUCACUAGAACUUGGAUUUUCCAGCAGCAAUAUUGAAAUGAUACCCUUGCAACCACCACUCCAUAACUCCAGUUAUCUAAUGACUUCUCCUCCCUCUAAUUUCUCCUUCAUGGGCAAUCCCAUUGAAGAGCCCACAAUGCCACUACUUUCAUCCAUCGAUGAAUUUAUUGCAUCAGCUCAUGGUAAUGGAAACGAUUACUCUUGUUUACAGAAGAUAAAUUCCAUGGAAGCCAUGAGGGAGAUGAUUUUCCGUAUCGCGAUGAUGCAGCCGAUUCACAUUGACCCCGAAUCAGUAAAGCCACCUAAAAGAAAGAAUGUCAAAAUAUCAAAGGAUCCACAAAGUGUGGCAGCGAGGCAUCGAAGGGAACGAAUAAGUGAAAGGAUAAGGAUUUUGCAAAGAUUAGUCCCUGGAGGAACAAAAAUGGACACAGCUUCAAUGUUAGACGAAGCUGUCCAUUAUGUUAAGUUUCUAAAGAAGCAACUUCAGUCCUUAGAGCAAGCAGCGGUUAAUAAUAAGCCUAUGAUUGCUGGAUUUUCAACAGCAAUGUCGCCAGCGCCCAUAAAUUAUAAUUGCCAGCCUCAUCCAUCCAUGAAUUCUAGUGCACAAAUGCUUAGUUAAAAUAACGGAAAUAACAUAUCUACACGGUGUAGGCAACCUCUAGAUCAUGAUCACGCUAAUGAGUUUUUUGUAAAGAUUUGGCUAUAUGGUGUGUGUUUAGUGUGUUACUUUAAUUUCCCCCUUGUCCCUGAACCCCAACAUGGUAAGUCUUAGGUUUAUCUUGUGUUUGGAUCAUUUCUCAAUUUGUGCGAUGUUAUCUUUGCACAAGAACUAUGCUAAUUUUCUCUGUAUCCUUCAAUUUUUAUCGAAUGUUCCUGAAGGGACUAGGUUGUUCUUCUGUUUGUAAUUCCAAACUUGCACAAAUGGUGAGAAGAGCUGGACACUCUGGACUUAAUAGGUUUGGGUUCAUGCACUGUUGAGUAGAUUUAUUGAUCUUUUCUCAAGGUGUUGAGAGUUCCGUGACAAAGUCACUACUUUGUCUGAUAGUCAUAACUGUAACUCUGUUUUAAUUAUGACCACCUUUUUCUAAUGAAA